CCGAGGACUAAGCAGACAAGUGGGAUAGCGCGGCCCGGGAGACGGGCGUGUGCUGGGACCAGUCGGGAAAGGGGAGAAGAGGGAACCUCGAGACUUCCGGGUUAGCAAAAUGUGAAGGAGGAAUGGCUGCUGAACUUUAGUGUUCCAGUUUGCGCAGAACUUUCAAACCAUUCUAAGAGAGAGAGAGAGAGAGAGAGAGAGAAGAGAGAGAGAGAAGAGAGAGAGAGAAGAGAGAGAGAGGUUUUACUCCAGCACUUCAAGAUGCAGGAGCCAGUUGCUGCAGACCCCAAUGCAGUCCCUCCCCCAAGCCGUACCAGAAACCCAGCAGCUAACCCUCGGCGAAUGCGGCGGAUUAUAGCUGAGGAUCCUGAGUGGAGUCUAGCUAUAGUGCCACAGCUCACAGAGCUCUGCAUACAGCACAUAAUCAACAACUUUGAAAGUAAUCCUAUUUUGAAUAGCCUCCUUCCUGAUCACCAAAGGAAGGUGCUGGACAAGGUCUCCACAAGUCUGCCCCUUACUGUGACUGCCAACCUGAUUAGUGAUGAAGGUUAUUGGAAACGAUGUUGCAUUGCGAGGUGGGCAGUUUGUGACGUGUCCCGCUAUGGAAACAGCUGGAAGCGGAUGUUUUUUGAACGUCACUUGGAGAACAUCUUGAAGUUCUACAUUCCAGACACCACUAACCCCAACCAGGUCCUGGAUGUCAUCCCACUCUGCAAGGAAUAUGUGAAGAAGCUAGAUAUCGACCAGUUCCUUCCACCUGUGAAAAUAGAUCAGAAAAAGGAAGACGAAGAAGCCUCUGAUGCAGAAAGUGAUUCUGGAAUGGAUGAACCUUCCAUGGACCAUUUUGAUAUGAGUAUGCUCACUCCAGCGCUCUGUCACCUAGAGGAGCUGCACUUAUCUUAUGGCGUUAAAGAUUGUGGCAUGAAUUUUGAGUGGAAUCUUUUUGAGUUCACCUACCGGGACUGCUGCUCCCUGGCCAAUGCUGUCAAGAAGUGUCCAACUUUAAAAGUCUUCAAACUGUCCCGAAGCAAAGUGGAUGACGAAAAAUCUCGUGUGCUGAUCCAUGAACUAUUAGACCACCCCUCGCUAACAGAACUAAACUUAUCUCACAAUCUGAUAGCAGACCGGGGAGCACGAGCUGUUGGCAAACUGAUCAACCGCAGCAAGAUAGUAACCCUUAACCUUUGUGAUAACAGGAUCCGUGCUCAAGGAGCCCAGGCGAUUGCUCACGCCUUGUCCAAGAAUUCCAUUCUGACGUCCCUCAAUCUGCGUCUCAACUGCAUUGAGGAUGAGGGAGGCCAAGCCAUUUGCCACGCCCUCUUGGCUAACGACACUCUGACAAAUCUUCACUUGGGUGGCAAUGAGUUGUCGGAGCCAACGGCCACCCUUUUCUCUCAGGUCCUUGCUCAGAACACGGCUCUGACUCACAUCAACCUCUCCUGUAACCACAUUGGGCUAGAUGGAGGGAAGCAGCUGCUGGAAGGCAUGACUGAUAACAAGACAGUGGUAGAAUUUGACCUGAGGCUGGCAGAGGUGGGCCAAGAGAGUGAAUACCUCAUUAACCAGGCCAUAAAGACCAACCAGGAACUAGCCCGAUUCAAAAGCCUGCAGCACCCACCCUCUGCACCUGUCCCACAUACGGUUGAAGAAAAACACCCCGAACAAGGCUAACAUUUCCUGUGUUUUUGUCUUCACCACGUUAGAUUAAAUGCCUAUUUUAUUUCUGCUAA